AUGGGCCCACGUCCCAAACGUCGGCGUCUGACCGAUCCCACAGAGGACCUGGACGACCAGGAAAUAUGUCAGCCUGCGAGUCAGCUAGAGAAAGACCGAUGGAAUGGAUUCUGUGAGAUUGAAUCCGAGCCAGCUUUAUUCAAUGUGAUGCUCCGCGACUUCGGAGUGAAAGGCGUCAAGAUCCAGGAAGUAGUAUCUCUGGAUGAAGAAAUGAUGGCCUUCCUCGACAAACCUGUUCUCGGUUUAAUCUUUCUGUUCCGCUGGCGAGAGGAUGAUGCCGAGAAGCAGGAGGCGACUUGCCCGGAUGGCAUCUGGUUUGCAAAUCAAACCGCUAGCAAUGCUUGUGCUAGUGUGGCACUGCUGAACAUUGUCAACAACAUUCCGAACAUCGAUCUCGGGGAGAAUCUCCGCCACUUCAAGGAUUUUACUAUGCAGUUCACCCCAGCACUACGGGGUAAUGCGAUUGACAACUUCGAGUUUGUCAAACGAGUACAUAAUUCAUUUGCGCGGAAGAUGGACAUCUUAAAUUCAGAUCUACAGCUCCAAUGGGACACUAAGUCGAAGAAAAAGCGCUCCAACGGUCAAGAUGAGAAUGAUUCCGAUUCGGGCUUCCACUUCAUUGCAUUUAUGCCCGCAAUGGGGCAAGUCUGGAAAUUCGAUGGUCUUGAACGGCAGCCCCAGUCUCUAGGUGAAUGCUCCGAUAGCGAUGACUGGCUGAGACUAGCACGGCCCAACAUUCUUGAUCGAAUGGCCGCCUACGAAGAGGAGCAGAUUGAAUUUUCGAUACUGGGAUUAGUUCGUGAUCCCUUACCGGAUCUCAUCCAGCAACUUGCAGUCAAUGUGAGGAGCCUAAAAGUCGUUCAUGACCGGCUUACAUCCCAUGCAGGUCCCACGGCACAGGUCGAGGCCGCGCGGACGAGCGCGAGCUCUGGGCUAGAGGAGACGGUGACCGGUCCGGAGCCAUCCUUUGGACUCACGCGCAUGGCUAUUGACGAGGCGAUGAUCACCAAGGCGUCGGAUCAGGCGUAUCGCACCUGUUCCCCGACAGAACUCCAAUCGCACCAAGAGGACCUUCGGCAGGCGCAGCGCGAAUUGCGCGAACGUAUUCGGGAAGCCCAACAAACGCAACGCGCCGACGAUGAUCAUGCGACCGGGCGGCGGUACGAUUAUGGGCCGGCCAUCCGGACGUGGUUGCGCUUCCUGGCGCGCAAGCAGUUGUUGGCAGAACUGCUUCAAUGA